CCGGGCCCAGGAGGCUCGCGCAGCAGCUGCGGUGGCGAUGCCACCGCCACCGCCACCAAAUCCAACGAUGGUGCAAGGAGGAGCGAUGGCGCAGGGAGGAGCGCCACCACUGGCCACGACACAAGCUCCCGGUCAACAGAUUGAUUUUGCCGGCAAACUUACCAAUCAAUAUUCGAGCGCGGUGGCACAGGAGAAGACGUAUUUGACCCUGAUGGCGAUUAGGCAAGGGGAAAAGGAAUCGUUGAGAAAGUACGUGGCUCGGUAUAUUCAGACGUGUUUACAGGUGCACUCAGCUUCAGAUGAGGUGAAGGCAGGAGGAUUGAUAAGGAGUCUUCGAGCGGGGCCUUGUCGGACUUCUUUGGCAAAGACCCCUACUCGAUCAUAUGAGGAUGUUCUGAAGCGGUGCAGGAAGUAUAUUAAUUUGGAAGAGAUGGAGAUGGAGUUUGCAAAGCUGGAAGGAGUGGCUCGACCAGAGCCCAAAAAGGAGAAAUGUCCACAGAGGGGGAGUUCGCCGAGGAGGAAUUCGCCCAAACGGAGUGGGCAGAAGAGGGCAUCACCCCGAAGAGAGAGUCGAGACUCGAAAAGGGAGAAGAGAUGUAAGUGGCAGAGGAGGCCGAUGUUGUUCGAGAGACAGAGAUACCACACUUUUACGCCCUUGAGGAAAGACAUGAAGGAGGUCCUCGAGGCCAUGGAGCAGAAGAUGCCGAGUGAGGAUGUGACUUGGCCGAAGACGAGGUUUACAGGCCCUAUUCGACCUAGGUCGGAUAUUUACUGUCGCUUUCACCGAUAUUAUGGUCACACCAUGGAGAAUUGCAUACAUUUGAAAGAUGAGAUCGAGAGGCUGAUUCGAGCGGGAUAUUUGAAGGAAUUUGUGUAUCACGACAUGGUGAAAGGGAAAGGAAGGAGAAGGUGUAGGGAGGACUCGGAAGAAAGGAGUGAUAGAGAUGAGGAGGGAGAUGGCGGAGAUGGUCAAGACGGUCGAGGAAAGAGGCCAAGGAGAGAUGGCGAUAAAGGAGGGCAUGGAGGAGAAGCCUCGAUGAAGAGAGGGACGAUUUACAUGAUUUCCGGCGGGCCAACGGAUGGAGACUCGAAUAGGGCCAGGAAGGAGCAUGCACGAGAUGUGAAGAGGAAGAGAGAGGAGGUGGGGAUUACGGCUCGUAUGCCCGUCAUAAGUUUUAAGGCGGAGGAUGCCGAGGGAGUGGUCCUACCGCACAACGAUGCUUUGGUGAUAACCGCGGAGGUUGCAGGCUUCGAUGUGAAAAGGGUGUUUAUUGACACCGGAAGUUCG